AUGGCACGACCUGAUGCUCCGGGUUAUAUUGCGCCCAAUAAUCCUCAUGCCAUCAAUCAAAUCACUGUUGGUGACCUUGGCUCCGAUGAGAUCUUACUUCUGGCAACGGAUUCAGGGAACGUGGCCGCUUAUAGGGUUGAACGCAUCUUCUGGUGUAUUGAAAAUCGCAGGGCUGAAGAUACUGACCCAGUCCAGGUAGGCAAUGGAGUAGAAUGCUUUUUCAGUGAGUGGGUUACACAAAGUGCCUGGGCUUUGGCAAUCCAUAAGUUCGCGAGAAUGAUUGCUGUGAGCUCUAAUACCACAACAAUAACCAUAUUUGCUUUUGCCUUGGUGGAUAAUACGGAAGUUUCACAUGUGACUCGGGAAGGUUCAUCUUCUAGGGCAAAGCACCCAAAGGUCCAUAAUAAUGACUGGAUUCAUAUUACCAGUAUUUCGGAAUUCUUGAAGCUACGAAGUUGGUCGCGGCAGCGCCGACGCUCUCAGAAUAUUCAGCUCUCAUUGUCGGGGCAUUCUGCAAAUAUACCUAACGUCUCAUUUUUGAACUGUGACCUAGAUCCUCAUGGAGACUGGCUAGUCAGCACGGAUAUCAAUAACAAACUCCUUGUAUGGAGGAUCUGGGAACGUUUUCGUCCGGUUAACUACUGGGACUUUUAUUCCGGAGAUGAUGACCAACAGUACGAUGACCUAUUUGACGACCGACAGCGGGGAUGGAAUGUUCUGGCUGUUGAUCCAAGGUCCUUUCGCAUGAAAAAGGACCUUCUUGAAGCUUGCGGCGGCCCUCCACAUAAGUACCCAGACAAGGACGCCCCCUAUGAUCUUAGCUUUUUAGCCAGCAAAGUCCACGAUGCUACCCAGUAUUAUAAUGUCUUUUCGUCAUCAACACCCCUUACUCAGCGUCGAAAUCAAGGUCCCCCGCCUGAUGAGCUUUUUCCACUUACUCACUCUGAUGAUUCCGAUGGAGAUGUUGAAGAUCGCAUUAAUCGUCACGACACAGUUCCUGGUAUAAAGACACCCCCUGUGAGAACAGAAACACCCAGCGACGUUCCUCCAACAGUCGGAGCACAAGGCACCUUGCAAAAUAAUUCUCCUUUGGCUGCCCAUAACUAUUCCAAUAUCCUUGCUGAUGCUAUAUCCAAUACCCCUGUUCUAAAUGAGUCCGAUGAAGAUAGUGACGAAACUUAUAAUGAGGACGAAGAAGACGAAGAAGAUGAAGAAGGCGCGGAAGACGAGGAAGACGAGGGUAUCACACCUGCUCCUGGUACCAACACCAGCCAUGCUACGGUAAGCGAUGCGGACAUUGAUAUGGACCAUGACAAUAGCGGUGAUAACCCAUCCGACGAGGAUUCAUCCGAAAGGAGUAACCUAGAUGAAUUGGAUGAACUCUCUGAUACUCCUAUGAAUGAAGAUAUCCACUCAGGGUCUAACACAGCAGCCAAGGCUAACGGUAGGGUGCGGUUGCUAAGAGAUGAACGCCCGACUUCCGAUCUCUUUCAUAGCUUUCAAAUUCUCCAUUUUUCUGAAUCUCAUAUUCGAAUGCUUCCCGGUCCCUUUUCUACUGGUCCUUCGGUCAUUUUCCGCGCUGCUUUAUCACAAGUCGUAACAAAUCCUGUACAGUUUAUCGAAGCUACGGAUCGAUUCAACAUGGCUCUUCAAAUACCUGAGCUGGGUGUCGUUGUUGCAGCAUCUCAGAAAGGAAGAGUUGCGAUCCUUGGUCUUACUGAGGUCCGCAAUAAAGGAAAGGUGUUCAGGAUGGACCGUAUACUACCACUUGCAAGUCAAGAACGAAAACGGCUUCGUCCACUUUGCCCGCUACUUGGAAUCGCUGCUAGUCCAGUUGUGCCACACUUAAUACCACCCGAAUCCCCCUCAGAUGAUUAUGAAGAUACAUCUACUGGAAUGAAUGAUGUUGAUGUCCAGGAAAUUCGCAAUGCUUCACUGCAUCCUAUUGGCUCUAAACCUGGCUUGUCCGGCAAAUUUCCUUCUCACUUACCCUUUGGUGGCACGAAGAAAGAAAAGUGGCAUGGUAUUGAAUACUCGCGUCGCUACCGCCUCUUCUUAACGUACUGUGACCAUACAAUCCUACACUACGAGCUUUACUAUGACUGGCCAAAGGAGCUUAGAGGACCAGAAGCACAAAUGGCAUACGAUAAGAAUGAGCCAUUUAUUCUCAGACCCUAG